UUUAUUUUAAAUACUAUUGAAAUAUAAGGAAAAUGUACUCAACAUUAUUUUUUAUAGUUAAAGUCCGUUCUGCUUUUGUCCAAAAUACUUUUUAAUUACUUAUCUUUAUAGUUCAGUAUUUCUCGCACCAUUAAUUUUUGCAAGUGCAAGUGUUGGCCAUCAAUUAAACCUAUAUAAUCGGUUCUAAAAAAUGAUAUAGGUUAAACACUUCAUUAUCGAAAUGUAACUACUUUCAUUUUUGCAAGUCGUUAAUGAGGUGAGGCGACAUUUUAUUGAUAUGAAAUAAAAGAGCAUUUUUUUUGUUAAAUAUCUGCAGAUUCUAAAUACCACAAAUUUUUGUUUUAUUUUAAAUAGUACUGUUUCAUUUAUAUAUGAAUACCCGUGAAUUUUUUUUGAAUUUAACUAAAACUAUGCCUGAUGUCCAGGAAUCAUGCGGAAAAUUAGAAAACACUAUUUAUGUUCGGAGAUAAUUUUUUGAAAAGGUAUAUAUGGCCAAAAUCUGUCAUGUUUCCCUGAACAAACUCCCCUACUUUUUUAUGGAGCCAUAUGAAGUGUCUGGUUUAUGAGACCCCUGACAAGUCUGAAGACCUGUUAACACUUAUUUUGGCUGCAAUACAAGAAAUCCAUAAAAUAUUUCACAUUUUCAAUAGAGCAUGUCAAAAUAUGAUGCAUUUCAGGUGGUGAUCUUCAUAUCCAGCAAUUGUAACCACUUCUACAUCCAACUCAAAAACAGUAAGUGUUGUGGUUUCACUAUAACAUUGUUACUAUAUUUACAUUAAUUUUAAAAUAUAUAAAAUAAAUUAAUAUUUUCAUUACUUAGUUGCAACAUGGUUGUUUAUUUUUAAUGCAUUCAAAUAAUCAAUUACGUAUUUUUGUGUCGGAAAUGUUUUUCGUUAUCAGUUUAUCAGUCAGUUUAUUCGAUAGGCAGUAAGACUUGACAUAAAGAUGAGUGUGUGCGUAUUCUGACCAAUUUCCUACUCCACAUGCAUUUUAAAGAAGCCGCUAUCAAAUUCAAGAUACCCAGGGCCCUUCAAGAAGAGAAUAAGUUAUAACAGUGAUCUGGUUGUACAAGCUGUGCGGAGAGCCUUGCGAAGGCAUCGACAGGAAGAGAUGCCGUAACAUCUACUUGGCCAACCUUCUGGUUUGCAUGCAGAACGGGGUAUUGGAUCCGCCGUUUCUCCAGUCUCCUCACGACAUCGAUGUCAUGAAUGCUUCUGAGGUCUUUGGACCCAUUCCUGACACUGUGGAGGCACCCGAAUGGUUGAACGACACGGAAUAUAAAGUGAGUCCUGAGGAAACGUCUGAUAAACAGGGCAGAACCUAUAUCGCUACUAGAACAUUGCCGAACGGACAAGGCGCCUUUGCGUACAUUGGAGUGUCAUUGACGAACGAGGAACCCAUGUGGAUUGGCGCUGGGGAAGGGUCUUUUGAUCAAAAACUGAAAGAGAAAUAUUCGGAAAUGGUGCCUCCAGUGUACGAGAUGGAGAAAAUUCUGGCGAAAAGGAAGGAUCCUGCGGAGAGAAUGAGGGUUCUCACUUUUUAUGAUGUCCUGCUGCAGAAUAUUGCCGAUGAAUUAGAUGGUAAAGAAAUUGCGGAGAACGAUACCGUGGAGGGCCUUCUGACUCAGCUGGUGCACGACCUCACCGAGAAGGGUAUGUACCAGGAAUUCGAGCAGCUGGAGGAGUCCCAGAGAAGGGUCGAGCUACUACUGCUACUAUUUGAUCGAGUGAAGACGCGUAGGGACAAGGUAGCGAAAAGAGAGGAAUUGCUAGAUGAGUUAGAAGACAAGAUGUUGCCCAGGUCGAUGUUAGAGUUCUCGGACGCUGCACCCGAAGAUAAGUAUGAGUUCCCGGCAGCUAUGUGGGAGCAAGCCAUCGACAAAAUCCCCACUAAGAAGCAGAUGGAACGAUUACAGACCGCCUAUCCCGUCAUACUCAUAGAAAAGUUCCUGAAGUGUCUAUCAAGCCAUAAGGAGGAGAUAGCCUGGAGAAUGCAGAGGAGACACGAAAAUAUCGUAGGUCAAAUGAAAAAGGAAUUGCGAAAAGAAGGCGAGAAGAAGAAAAAGUUGGCGGAGGAGACGGAGGCGGCUUGUGAAAAUGCUACGGCCACCUUAAAGGUGGUGCAUACUGCAUAUAAGAUUAAGGCAGAUGCUGAGCAGCAGAUCAAGGACAAAUCAACGUUGCCCAUAUCGGAGCACACCAAGAAAUACGAGGAGAUGAAGGAGGCCGUUUUCGAUACCCAAAAACUUGUAGAAGAGGAGGCGUUGCGCGGUAAGUUCCUGGCGGCACAGAUCAACGCUGUCAGCGAGCAGACGGAACAAUUUAUGCACGUGAACCAAGACCUGCUGACCAAGACGGAGGAAGCCAACAUGAAGAUUAUGAGAAGUAUCAAGCGGUUGAGCACUGCGAUCAAACAAUAUGAGACUCGUAUCACGGAUAUUCGAGCACAUGCAAUGGCUAAGGCCUCCACCAAGCAUGCAGCUUUUUUCUUCUAGACAAUUUUAUA